AUGGUUGUUUGUAAAAACAAAAGGGAUGCACAUCUAGCUUUAAAUCAAAUAACAAACUACCGUAACCGCUUAGACAAUGAAAAAGAUGGUUUACUCGUCCAAGCUCUUAAUCGGUUGAUGAAUGUGUUUCAAAGUAGACUGUUUUUGGGUCUACUUGAUAUACAAGAAUUUUAUGAAGCUGUCCUAUUAGAUCCACAAAAAACGAAAGAAGAGAAAACAUCAGCCGCUCUUGAAAUCGCAUCAAGGUGGGAAAAUAUAUCAAGUCCAUCAUUGGUGGCCUCUACAACUGACUUGAGAAUACCACAUAGUUUAUUGAAGAAAACAGAUUGUUUUGACAGAGCAUUUCUUUUAGUAGUCUGA